AUGCCGUGCCUGAACCUCUCGACCAACGUCAGCCUUGACGGCGUUGACACGUCCGCCAUCCUCUCCGAAGCCUCCUCCACCGUCGCUAAGGUCAUCGGAAAACCUGAAGCUUAUGUAAUGAUUGUGUUGAAAGGAUCUGUGCCGAUCGCAUUUGGAGGUACCGAACAGCCAGCAGCUUACGGAGAACUCAUCUCCAUUGGAGGUCUAACCUCUGAUGUGAACAAGAAACUUAGUGGUGCUAUUGCUAGCAUACUCGAGUCCAAGCUUUCUAUCCCGAAAAACCGAUUCUACCUCAAAUUCUAUGAUACAAAGGGCUCCAACUUUGGGUGGAAUGGAUCGACCUUCUAG